AUGACACGUGCGGAGUCAUGGGCCUUGCGGCUGCUUCCAUAUCAGUUCACUGUAAAAAGAGUACCAGGCCAUUCGAAUAUUGCUGAUGCACUGUCACGGUUGAUCAGUAAGACUCAAAUUGACGAGGCAUUUGAUGAAGAAAACGACAAGCAUGUUCUCUACGCUUUGGAUGCAGGAGCUAUGAAUAUUUCGUGGACAGAUAUCCAACUGGCGUCUGAGGGUGAUGAAGAAUUGGAAGCCGUUCGAUUAGCUAUAGAUACAGAUCUAUGGCCGGAGCGUUUACGUAGAUAUGAGUCUCAAGCUAAAGAACUGAGGACAUUGGACCCAAUGCUCUUCAAGGGUGACAAAAUAGUUCUUCCAAAAAGUCUCCGUAGCAAGGCAUUAGAUGCAGCCCAUCAAGGACACAUCGGCUGCGGGGCAACAAAAAGAAUUUUACGCGAAUAUUUUUGGUGGCCCAAUAUGAGUAAGGAUGCAGAGGAAUUCAGCGAGAAAUGUGGAACCUGUUUGCUAAUCUCAAGAAAAAAAUCGCCAAUUCCCCUGUCCAGCCGUGAGAUGCCUCACGGUCCGUGGGAGAUCUUGCAGGUCGACUUUUCUCCAGGGAUAUGCGACAAUGGACCCCCUUUCCAAGGCAAUGAGUUUAUCGAGUACUGGGAAUCAAAAGGAGUUAGGGUACGGAAAUCCAUUCCACUAAGUCCCCAAAGUAACGGAUCCGUCGAACGCCAAAACCAGGGUAUCAUCAAGGCCAUGGCAGGAGCAAAGGAGGAUGGCAAGAACUGGAGGGACGCAUUAGAGUGUUACACACAAACACACAACACACUCAAACAGCAUUCGCGGCUAUGUAUCACCCCUUUUGAAUUGAUGGUUGGGUGGAAAUACAGGGGAACCUUUCCAUGCCUCUGGGAUUCAGAAAAAGCAGUGAAAAUUGAUAGGGAAGAUGUGAGAGAGAACGACGCAUUUGCGAAGCUCAACAGCAAGAAAUACGCAGAUCAGCAUAGAGGGGCAAGAGAAUCAGAUAUCGCCGUGGGAGAUAAAGUAGUAGUCGCAACUUUUCAACGGAACAAAACAGACCCAACUUUCUCCAAGGAAAGAUAUACUGUUUUGACGAGAGAAGGAGCCAAGGUUGUUAUACGCAGCGAGAGUGGUGUACAAUUAGCAAGGAACGUGCAAGACGUUAAGCGUGACACAAGAGCUUCGGAAGGUAGACAAGAAUCUGGUGAGGAUGAUGUAGUCAAAAACUCCGAAAAUUUGGAAGAGGCGGAAGUGGAUAAUUCUGAUCCCAUUCGAGCGGAGACGUCACAAAGCACCGGCGAUGGAACCGAUAGGAACGUUGAAGCAUAUUCGUAUUGCGAUACUAAUCAAAGACCGAAGAGAAUGUCUCGUAAACCGAACAAAUUCAAUGACAUGAUUUUAUAUCAAAUUUUUUCAUAA